CACAAGCAAGCCGCUUUUGCUGCCUUAUUGGUGGACAACAGUUCCUUGGUUGCAGCUCUGCGGCCACAAUAUAAGCUCUCAAUGCAGUAGCAUCGCCUCUGAUGGACAGGAUGCUCCUUAGGCUUGCCAGAGCAGCACCAAUCGACAGCAGUGCUCGAAGCUACCUGUGCCAGCUCGCGCGGAGCAUCUCAAUCGCCGAUAGACCGGUCGAAGAUGCAGAGCGCGUGCUGCGUCGUGCGCUCGUAGCGCCCAACGAGCAAAAAUCAGACCUGGACGCCAUCGCCGCGUGUUCGAGACUCAAGGCGUGGCUGCGCAAGGACCACAUCGACCGCCGGUACCGCGGCAGCGACCGCUACAUGAGGGCGGCCACGGCGUUGCGCGAGGCGGACCCGCGCGUGCCGCCGUCGCUCGCAGAGCUCAAGAAACUUUUUGGUCUUGGGAAGUGGGCCUUUGACGCCACCGACGAUAGCCUGGAGUCUGCGCCGCGCGACGAAGCGCUAGCGAAGCUCGAGGGCUCAUCAUCGACGGAGGGCCUCGAUUACGAGGCGCUGCUCGAGGCCGCCGGCUGCGCGGUGGCGGGCCGGUCCGAGGUCAACGCCUACAUGGAGAACCACGAGAUCUACGACUUUUAUACUUCAGACUACGUCGACGGCCUCGCUGACCAUCUCCUGCAAGCGAGGGACGAGGCCGGCGUGUCUACGCUGGACGUCGUGGAGGUGGGCGCCGGCGACGGCCGCCUCUCGCAGUUCCUGCGGCGCGCGCUCGAGCAGCGGGGGCGGUCCGAAGCCGUCGCCGUCACCGCGACUGAUGAUAGCUCGUGGCGCUUCGCCCCCGCAUUUCCCGUCGAGAACGUAAACGCGGAGCGCGCGGCGGAGGGCGCGCACGUGGCCGUCGCGGCGUGGAUGCCGAGCGGAGUGGACUGGACCGAGAGCUUUCGCCGGUCGACGAAGCUCGUGGAAUACAUCCUGAUCGGCGAGGCGUGGGACGGCUGCUGCGGGCACAACUGGCGGACGCACGGCAACCCCGCCUUCUCGGACGAGGUCUCCGCGCCGCGGCCGCCCUACGAAAGAGAUGGGUUUGAAAAGCGAGAAAUGCGGCAUCUCUCGAAGCUGCAGCUCUCGCGCUACGACUGCAAGCAAUUCGCCGGGUCGUCGCGGACGUUUUCGUUUCGACGGCGGCAGAUGUCGACGUGGGCCAAGCGAAGCGUCGACCUCAAGGUGCCGUCGGCGCCGGGCUUCCGCGUCGAGUACGCGGUCCGCGGCGCCGGAGCUCCCGUCAUCGCCGUGCACUGCAGCGGUUCGAGCCACAAGCAGUGGGCGCCCCUCUGCGACGCGCUCGGGCCAAAUCACCGCGUCGUUGCGCCCAAUCUGUUUGGCGCCGGCGGCACGACGCCGUGGCCGCCGCAUGGGAGGCCUCAAACCCUCGACGACACGGCGGCACUGGUAGAAACUGCGGCCAAGGACGCGCUCGGCGACGACGACCGGGCGCCGAUCGUUGUGGGCCAUUCGCACGGUGCCGCGGUCGCGCUGCGCUACGCGGCAACGCGUGAGGUGGCAUGCUGCGUCCGGAGAAGAUGCCCCAUAAUGAUAACCACAUAGGUCGCGGGCAUUGUUGUCGUGGAGCCCAAUUAUAUGUCUCUCUUGGAGGCCGCGGCGCCGUUCGACGAUCGUGCGGACGAAGCGGCACGCACGGGCGGAGUGGACGACGCGUCGGCGUUCCUGGGACGCAUGAUGGCGGAGGCGCAGAGCGGGUACCACGGCUGGGGCGAGUGCUUCCACCGCUUCUGGCUGGCCGAGGAGGAGAGCCACACGUGGGCAAUGGUGCCGGAGCCGCAGCAAAAAGUCCUGCUCGACACGACCAUCCCGGGCUGCGCCUACGAAAUAGGGUCGAUCGACGGCGCGCGCGGACACUCAUCGAAACGGGACCUCGCGGCGCUCGAACACGUUGCCGCGAAGCACCUUGUUCUGUCGGCGUGCCCCGGUGUAGGAUCGCAGCGCUGUCUCCGCGGACUGCGCGCGGUGCUUGAGCGGAUCGGCUUCACGACCUCAAUACUCAGCAAGGGCGGCCACCUCGCGCCGCUCACGCAUCCGGCCGAGACGGCGGAGCACGUCGCGCGCCUCGUCGGCGAAUGUGAAAGUUAAAUUUAAGCAUAGUA